GGUGCCAGUACUCAGAGAUUGAUUGCCUAACUUUUAACUACUAAUAAAUUAUAAUUUUCCGUUAAAAUACAAGAAAAGUACUAAUUUUUUGCCACAUUCAAAAAGGUGCUGGUAAGCUGUACCGUAUUAGUACGUACCGUCACAAAAAAAAAAAAUAUAUAUUGAUAACAAGAAUUGACUUCAGAGGUGUUCAAAUGUGCUCACUGCUUAGACAAUCUACAAUAAACAAACUGGCAAAUUAAAAAGAGUGUGCCUGUAUUACUUUGAUUUGAUAAGAUUUCUAAUAAUUGUUUUUAACAUUUGAUCAUCUGCAUUCCCCCAUUUCUCUUUUGCAUCCAUGCCACUGAGUCCUCCCAUUGAAACUACGUCUUAUUACUACAACAAUCAACUUGAUAAAAGUUGGAUUAAUCAAAAUAUCUAAAGCAAAAAAUUGUUUUGGGAUUCAAUCUCAGGAUCCUUUAUUUAUCAGCUAAGUGCUUUAAUUAUUUGGCUUCUUUGCAGAUUUAAAAUACCAUAGUGAAGAUUUUGCUUGCAGUGUACUUGUGUGAUUCUAGGGCACGUAGUAGGAUUAAAAGCGGAUUAUGUAGGCCAUAUAACUUUUAGAUAAACUUGAAUCAGUAGUAGUAACAUUUUGUACAUAAAGAGUUAAAGUGAUCUUAGUCUCAAAUGUGUCACUGAUAACAGUGAAAUGUAUUAGACUCUCUGAUAAGUUAGCACAUUUGACAUACAUUGGAGGCAAUGAGAAACUGUGUUCAUGGGUGACCAAAUAAAUAAUAGAUAUUUGACAUCUGUUUGCUAUAUAUAUACAGUAAUAGCUGAAAGCUUUCAUAGUUAAAUUCUACUCAAUGCACACGGCAGCCUUGACUUUUGAACAUAAUCCUUUAAGGCUCAUUAAAAGCAUGAGAAUGGAUGUAAUCACAUUUCUCUAAAAGAUUUUUUUUUAAAGAUUCUUGUUGGGUUUAUAUAAGCCCUGAGCCUUCAUCUGCAUUAACUGUCUCUAAAUUGGAGCUUGAUUUGUUAAAUAGGACAACAAAUGCAUCAGAUAUAACUAUAUGCUCUAUAACAAAGACACAAGACAAAACACUUUGAACAACUAGGAUGUUACUUGCUGUUAUUUAACAGUCAAACUUGUUAGACAGCCCCAAGAAUGGUUAUUGGUUGAACAAAAAAGUAACAGUCAAUUGAAUAUGAAGGUUUUGCUGCUUGCAUACAACACAGAAAUAUAAAAAUGUCCAACUCACUGUCCACAAACACGAAAACUACAAAUAUGGGUAACAAAUCAACUGAAGAAAUGACACCAGAGAAGAACAAAAGGAUGUGUAAUGCUUGUAUGAAUAAAAUUAGUUCUUUCAUAAUCUGGUCACUAGAAACAGUUUUCUUCAAAGUAGGUCUGUUUAUUGGGACAUAUCCUCUACUUACAAUUAUCACUUGCUCUUUGAUGUGUGGCCUUUGUGGAAUCGGAAUGAAAACUUUUCAUGAGUCACAGGAACAGGAGAAACUUUGGGUGCCACAGUCAUCUCGCCUAAUCAAUGAAAAGAUCUGGGUUGAUAAAAUUUUUCCUCAAGACACUAGAUUUGUUUCUUUUUUGACAGUACAGCCAGAAGGCAACAUUCUAACUCCUGAGUUUCUGAAUGCUUUAAUGGACUAUUACCUUCAGUCUUUCAAGUUCAGCUUUAGGAACCAGUCCUUCAGUGAUUUAUGUUUGAGGGUGAAUUCCAAAUGCUAUGUUUCAAGUUUGCUGGAAAUAUGGAAUUAUGAUGCAGAUGUCAUUAGAAAUUUAACUGAAACUGAUAUAAAACUAAAACUUUGGAGCACACCUGUAAGCCCAGUCACUGGAACAAAUGUGCAGACUUUGUUGGGAGGAAAGAUCAAAAUGGACUCGAAUGGAAAUGUUGUGUUUGCAGAAGCAACUGAAAUCAUGUGGAUCAUGGAGAAGCAAGAAGAUACCAGCACUGCCCUAGACUUUGAAAAGGCCAUGAUAGAUAUGGCUCUAAAGGGGAUACGUGGAAUCAAUAAAACUUAUGUUUAUGCUACUAGGAGUUUUGAUGAUGAAGGCUAUGGGGUGAUCAAUCAAGACAUUAAACUUCUGGCCAUGGGGUUUAUCAUUGUGUUUGCAUUUGUUCUACUUUCUCUAGGGAAGUUUGAUCUUCUCAGACAAAAAGUGUAUGUGUCACUUGUUGGAAUGUACUGUAUUGGCUUAGCUAUCUUGGUGUCAUAUGGUCUGUCUACAGCAUUAGAUGUCAUCUACAACCCUAUAUUGUCUAUGUUGCCAUUUUUAUUGCUAGGAGUUGGAGUUGAUGAUAUGUUUGUCAUUAUGGAAACAUGGAAAAAUCUGAGCCCUGAAGAGCAGAAGUUAGAUAUUCCACACAAAUUAGGUGUGACACUUAGUCAUGCUGGAGUAUCUGUAACAGUCACAUCUGUUACAGACAUUAUUGCUUUUGGUAUUGGAGCUUCUACAGCAAUUCCAGCCUUAAGUUCAUUCUGCAUUUAUGCUUCCAUUGGUAUACUGGCCCUAUUUCUGCUGGUAGCAACAGUAUUUGCAUCCUCUUUAGCACUAGAUGAGAGGAGACUUCAGUCAGGACGAGAUGCCUGUCUUUGUUGCUACAAACACAAGCAGCCUUAUACAUUCAAUAAAUGCAGUAGCGACAAAUCAUUUCUACAAAUCGUGUUUGCGAAUUAUUAUGGGCCUUUUCUUUUGAAAUUACCUGUAAAGGUAUUAGUUAUCAUAUUCACAUUAGCCAUGGCUGGCUUGGGAAUAUGGCGCGCAAUACAUUUACGUCAAGACUUUGACCUGACCAACUACUUACCAAGUGAUUCCUAUGCCUAUGCCUAUGAUCAUAUAAAAAAAGAAUACUUUGACAGACAGGGAAUGGAGACAAGAGUUUACUGUGGAGGACUGAACUAUUUCAGAAUGCAGGAUGUUUUACAAAAUAUGUUGGAACGAAUAUCAAAUAGCAGCUACAUUCAAACUGGUUCUGUCAACUCUUGGUUUACUGCAUUUCAAAUGUAUCUUCCUUUAUCAGAUGUAACAAGUGAGGAAGUGUUCAAUGCUCAACUAUUUCAAUUUAUGCAUUCCUUGUAUGGACAAAGAUUUGCACCAUUUGUUCAGUUUAAUUCCUCCAGCUUGCCUGUUUCUGUCAAAGCUAGCUACUUCACCAUGACUCAUUCCUUGCAAAUUGAUUCUCAACAUGAUGUCAUAGCUAUGGACAAAUUGAGAGAGAUCAUUGACACAGCAGGUCUGCCUCAGUUUCAUGGAGCUCAUCUACCCAAGUAUAUGUGUUUUGCUUAUUCAAGGGAAUAUAUGACAUGUGAAACCAAUAAGGUAUUGCUGUCUGAAUUGUACCGUAACUUGGGUCUAUCUGCUGCAUGUGUUUUUGCUGUGACUGUUAUAUUAAUAGCCAACCUUUGGACUUCACUUUUGGUAUUUGUGUGUGUUUUGUUUACAAUGGUAGAUGUUUGUGGCAUUUUGGAAGUUUGGGGAAUCAAAAUAGAUACAGCUUCCAGUAUUCUCUUGACACUAUCAGUCGGACUUGCUGUAGAUUACUCAGCUCAUAUUGGACAUACUUUUAUGACUAUUGGAAGCAACAGAAACAACAGGGCACUUAUGUCUCUCAAAGCAAUUGGUCCAGCUGUUUUCAAUGGCGGCUUAAGUACAUUCCUUGCCUUUGUCCUUUUAGCCAACAGUGCCAGCUUUGGAUUUCAAAUGUUUUUUAAGGUAUUUUCAGCUGUGGUAAUAUUUGGGCUCUACCAUGGUUUGGUCUUCUUGCCUGUAAUAUUGAGCCUAGUUGGUUCUAGCCCCUACCUGCAAGCCAAGGAUGUACCCACCGACAGGACAAUGGAUUGUGAUGAAGAAGCCACCAACACAAUUUUAGUUAAUGAUCAUGCUGCAGUGACUAAGAAUAACAUUGAAUUGAUUCAUGCAGAUUUUAGUAACAGUCGUAUGUAGCAGUUUAGAAUGACAUGGUUCUCUUGAAAUAGUCUUAGCAUGCACAAAUUAUAGGUGCACCUAGUGUCUCAUGGAACAGACCUAACUAGAUUGACAUGAUUUCUUAUAACUAGUGAAUUACAUUUGGCUCUAUAGUUCUAGUUUAAUUAGGCUAUAAGCCAUACUUGUGCUUAAUGAGUUCUGCAGCCAUCAAAUGUGAUAUCAGUUUAUGCUUUCUACCCUGCGCUCCUUUGAAUUAUAUUGUUCUUUAAGUGGACAGAAGCAUUGUACUAUUAAUUCUGGUAACUUUGGCUAUUUACACCACAUUUAUUUCCUAUGAUUGUUUAAAUCAUAGUUUUUGUUUUCAUGAAACAGUAUUCACAAUUGAUUUAGUCAGUGAAUGGAAACAUUUUUUUAGAUUGCCUUUGAAAUAUUUAUUUCUUCUAUAUCAAAACUGAAUAUUAAGUUUAACUCCUGGGAAGGAAUGGAGUUGGGCUCAAAUGUAUAUAAGUCAUUCAAGAUAUAGUCAUGUUGAAUUCUUUUUGAAUAAUGUUUUUCUUAACAGCUUUAUAUGAUUGUUGAUUGGUACAUUUUAUUUACACAACAAACAUGGCAAUGUACUUAUUUUUGUAAUAACGAUAUUAGUCUUGUCACUAAAUUAGAUGUUAAAUAACAUUCAACAAAAUAUAUUCAUUUAUAAUUGUUUUGUCUACAUUACACUCGCAUUGGUUUAAUUUAAAUCUUCAUUGGAGUCAUUAGUGUUUAUUGUUUACUUAGAAGUGUUUUACUUGUCAAUAGAAACACAGCCUGGAGAGCAUCCCUACACUUUCUGAACAAAGUCAACCUCCAGUGUUCAGUAAUAAAUUGUCAUGUUCAUAGUUUAGGGUUGGUCUCCACUUAUGUCGUUUAUUACAUUUUGGAUGUACAGUCACAACAUGAAUUAAUGUACUAUUGUUGUCAUCCAUUUUUUUUUUAAGUGGAAACAGUUUUAGAUUCUCAAGACAUUUACUUUUUUGUUGUUUUCAAUGUGAUGUUCAGUUGAUGUGGUUCACCCUUUGUGCUAUACUCAUAUUGUUCAUUUAUUUUUUUGAUAAAUGAUCUCAUUAUAUAUACAUAAAGUUGGUUUCAUAUCUGUGUGUGUGUGACUUACAUUUAUUUAUGUUGCCAGAGCUUUCGAAUAUUUGGUUUAACUAUGUUUAACAUUAUGCAAUCUUUGAUACGGUUUUGACCAAUGUCAUAGGAAGCAGACUACGGAUGAGAUGUAGAUGUUUAGCGAUACAUUACUAGUUCAUUUGAGUUUUUGUACAUUAUUAUUUUAAAUCUUCUGACUUUUGACUAUUUUAUUUUGCAUUGAUUAUUUAGUUAUAUCCACCUGCUCUUUAGUAUCUUAAUUAUGAAAUUUCAAGACAUUUAAAUUCUGUAGAAAUUCCAAACAGAGUCCUACUUGAUAUGCUAGUGAAAAUCAUGUUGAUCAAUGAAAACAUUUGCUGCAGAUUCUUCUGUAAUUUGAGAACAUCAAGAACAUUGCUUUUACUUAGUAUCUACACUCAUUAAUUGAUGAGAUCUUGACAUUCAUAAGCUUGUACUCAUUAUACACUUUGCUUGAUCAUUUUAUACUCAAUGUUUUACAAUUCUUUAGGUUCAUUUUUGAAUGAGAAUAAUAAAUAAUAAAUAAUGUUUUUUCAAGGAAAAAAAACUAUUUUAAAGAUAAAUGGCUUCGAUUUUUGUAGGGACCAUAACUUUUAACAUUACAGAUGUUUCUUUCAUAUUCUAUUUGUUAUGUCCCUUAUCUCUACAAUGCAUUAUUAAGACAACAUUUAGAUCUAAAUGCUAUAGAAUCCAUUUCUUUGGUCUACUAUAUUUUUUUCAAAACAUCUUAAAUGAAUAAAAGACCAGUGGUCUGUAUAGUUGUAUUGAUUCAUACUAUUAAUGCUUUAAAUAAAUAAAUCUUGCAGAAUGAUCAUAAA